UCUUCUUAGAAUAUCAUAACAAUCUUCUACCACUUUUAAAAGGGAACCGAAAAAGCAGAGUGUUGUAAUGUAAUUAAUCGAAUUGAAACUGAUCUAUUCAUUUCAGAUGACAAGCUGUUUUCUAUGUAGAUACAGAAAGGAAGACUCGCCCCUACAUGCUAUUCCCAGUGGACUAUUAGCUGGAUUAGCUUACAUCAUCCGUCCAGAUCUGACAGUUAUUCUUAUAGCUAUUUGUAACUUGUUAACGUUAUCCGAGUAUCAUUUCAAAGAUAAAGGACUUCUUCCAAAAUGGCCUUUUUCAGAGGUGGCUUACAUAAUUGCUUCUGGCAUUCUGUUCCACAGUCAAAUGGUAAUUCCGAAUUGUACACCAAAGCAGUUUGUCAACUUGAUGCAUUCAUUUUCUUAUGGAAAGUCCACAGAGAUCAAUAAGAGACUAUGGGACUACAUCGCAAAAAGCCAAGAGCUGAAAAAAUUGGCAUCCUUAUGAAGGGAGCUGAGUCAUAUAACUGUGUGGAUAUUGGAAACAUUAUUUCGAGUGUUAAGUACAUUGCAAACGACAAACGAUUACAUAUUAAAACGGUAUAUUAUUAUGUGAUAAAUAUAUAUUAUACAUUUUUU